AGCGGAAAGCGUGGAUCACGGUGACGUGGCACGUAGCCCUAGUUCACCACAUUGGGUCUCCACACGCCCCCAGGCAAAAUCCCGAAGAUCACAUUCACAGCACUCCUUCUUACCGGUCGCUUUCUCUUCUCUCAUUUCGUUAGGCGUUCGUAGCACCCAACCACGCCACCAUGUCUUGGCUCCUCCGAUCUUCCAAGGCCAAGCUCCUCUCUUCCUCUUAUGUUUCUAGAACCUUCCCCUCCCAUCCUCAGAUCGCAGCCCUCUCUCCCCUCCCCGAUCUCUUCCACCGCACCACCGCCACCAUGCCUUUCGUGAAGGAAAACGCUUCCGCUGGAAACCUGACCGGUCUUCCUAGAGAUCCUGCGAAUAAGCUUGGCAGUGACUCUAAUCCGAUCAAUUCUUCGAGGUACAAAGCUUCUGGACUGGACACCAAUAUGUUGGCUGGAUCUAUGUAUGGCACUAGAGUUUGGGCUGCACAGAGUCCAAUGCUAUUGGGAGUCAAUACUGUGAUGGCUAGAAGUUUUGAGAGAGGUAUGGAAGCUGGCACAUUGGAAAUGAUUAGUCAUAAACGUUAUAUGAGUGACAUCCCAAGUAAAACCAGUGAGACAAACCCAUCUGGUUUUCGACCGUUAUCUCCUCAUCUUCCUCUUUAUCAGCCCCAACUUUCUUCAACACUCUCAAUCUUCAAUAGAGUUGCUGGAGCUGCCCUAGCCGGUGUCAUCUUGCUUUUUUAUAUGAUAUAUAUUAAAAUGGGUUUGAUUAGCCUCACCUUUGAAUCUUUCUACCAGUUCAUAUUUUAUUCAUCAAAACUCAACCUACUUGUCAUGGAGAUUUCUGCCUUAGCCGUGACCUAUCAUCUGUAUAGUGCAAUUCGCCAUUUAUUCUUAUGAUUUGAGUCAACAACUGACACCUGCACUGUACUUUUGAACCUGAGGUGGAACUUUGCUUAAUUCGACCUUGGAGGUAUCCUUCCAUAUGGCAGUCGUAAGGAACUUCAUUAAAGAAAUGUGAAUUUGCUUUUUUGUAGUUGUGUACUAUCGACUUGAUAAUAAUUACAAUUCUGGCACGAGUUCGUGUCUAGUGCUGAGCAUAACUACAUCUAUUUUGCACCUGACAUUUCUGUCAUGUUUUUCGCAGCCCCUCAAAUUGCAUGUAACUGUUGCAUUUAAUAAAUGCAAUUGAGUUUUGGUGACUCUUAAAAUA